AUGGACAACUUCAUUCACAGUCCUGCGCGAAAACGCGCUCGAAUAUUCGAUAUUCAGCAAAAACAGAAUAAACCAGGCAAAGCACCCGAGGUAGAAUCUGAAUCUGGGGAGGAGUCUGAUUCGCGGCUCUACCAGUGCCUCGAUAGUCUGGCCUCCAUUAGCGAGGAAGGUAAUUAUCAACCAGGGACACAAACCGAGUUGGAAACAUCCCUGGCCCCGGUCGAAUCUAGCCAGGAGGCGAUAAAUGAAUAUGAAAGCCUCAAAACCUCCGUUGUGGAUGGGUCGAAAGAGCAGGAUAUACAAGGACGAUAUGAUGAUAGAACUUGGGUAAAAGGGAAAAGCUCCAUCUAUGUGGAUGCCUUUAAUCUUACGUUGAAGUGCGUUUUGGACGAGGAACCUCAUUUAUUUGAUGACAAAGAGAUGGCGUUAUUUGACUUCUGGAAACAGCUUCCUUAUGAAUCUCAAUAUCUAUAUGUGCGGUUAUUCCUACGUAAAACGGCUGCCUGGCACCGUAUCAGUCGGCUUGGCUAUUACCAUGAUAUUGGAGAUAUGCCUGCCGCUAUUGAAGAGCUCCGAUUAACAAGACCUUUGCCCGCUGCUUCAGAAAAUCCGACACCAAUCCCUGUUGAAAUAUACUCUGAAGCAAACAUGGCCUUGGACGAUGAAUUUCAGUUUGCGGAGGGAUUAGAGGAGAUAACAACAGUAGAAGAGGCUUCUUCUUUAUUGCUCCUAGAUGAACUUAAAGAACUGGGGAGGCAGGCGAGAGUACAGGGCAAAACUAAAAAAGAGCUAUUAAAAGCUCUCCAGGGAUCAGUCAAAAGCCAGACGGGUCUGAGCUGGCCAUGUUCUCUUGAUUCAAUGAACAGCAAUAUAUCGGAGGUGGACCGUACGGGAAUGCCAGUAUCAAAACAACUUGCUACUAACAGUCGUUUUCUCAAGAAAAUAUUGAAUUAUACAGGCGACUGUAUUCGCCUUUCUUUGAGACCUCUAAAGCUAUUUGAACGCGUACAAUUGAUCUUUUACCGAUCUACCGAAUGGACUGAAAAGUCCCUUACAACUAUAAUUCUAGCCAAAAUUUCAAGAAAAAAUUAUCCCGAUUAUAUAGUCUCACGCACAAAUGGCAUAUUUCCAACGAGGGCCAUCCUCCUCGAGUUUGAGAGGGCUAUUCGCAUUCAGUUCGAUUUGGAUAAUGCUAUGGAAUCUGGUAACAUUUCUCUAUCAGAAAAAUUACAAACAAUCCAGACCGCGUUAGAUAAUGUAUACCCUAGGUGGAAAACAUUGCUUACAGAGGAACAGUAUAAAGAAGACCAGGUCUAUGACAUGGGGGAGGGUGCGUAUCUUCGCAGGUUUUCUCCCGCCUGGGUCUAUACACGGAUCGUUCACAAAGGUCUCUAUGUUUUGGGUCGACUGAAAAACUAUAGAAGGGAACACAAUUUAUUAUCGGAAUUACUUGACCAGUGUCUUUUCCAUCCUUCUAGGCGAGGCGCUUGGUAUCAACGUAAAGCAUUACUAGAAGAGCAUUACAUGUGGAAUCUACUUCCGUCUGACACUCUCUCGGAAGAUGCGCGGAAAAAGAAAUGGAAGCGUUACGCCCUACAGACCUGCGAGCGCGGCCUUGAGGAUCCUCAUUGUCACAUCAUCUACCAUUAUGACCUACAAAAACGAAUAAUGAAAUUGGAAAAGUCUUUGAACAUAGCGAAGCGCGAACAACAUGAUUUUUCUCAUGUAAUGUUGGCUAAACCAGAAGAGAGAACCGUUGAAGGUGUUCGCGUCGAGAGGGAGUUACCAACAUCGCUUACCUCUAAGACUAGCAGCAUCCCUAAUUCGUCAGCGAGAGGCCGGCCCACAAUUUGGAUAGAUGAACUGGAAGAUGGCAGCGAAUGUAGAGUUGAGAAUAUGUGCCUAAGCUGGUACAGGAAACAAGGCUGGAAGGGCUAUCACUGUGAAGGUGGCAUCCUACGCACACUGUUUGGACUUCUUUUCUAUGAUGUCAUCUUCACAUAUGUUCCUAAUGUUUUUCAGACCCCAUUUCAAACCUGCCCUUUGGACCUGCACACAGACGCUUUCUACUCCUGCCGAAUUUCAGAGAUAAACCGCCGUCUUGCGCAGAUAUCCAAUGGCGAAGCGCCAGGUAUCCUUGAACAAGUGCAUAAGCGAGAAUGCGAAAAGCAAACCUGCGCUAUCGGUAUUGACUGGUCAUUUGAACUUAGCGACCUCCUGGAAAUUGUUCAAUGUUUUCGCGGAGAGGCGUUGGCGACAAUAUGUAAGGUCAUGGCGCAAGAGUACCAGCAACGAGGGGGAGGUGUUCCAGACCUUUUUCUUUGGAGCACAAAAGCGGAGGAUGUGUUAUUCGUUGAGGUGAAGUCGCUGAAUGAUCGGCUUAGUGAUACUCAAAGACUUUGGAUACACGUCUUGACCAGCGCAGGAGUAAAGGUUGAGUUGUGCAAUGCUGUGGCGCGAGAAGUUCGCCAUGUACAGUAG